AGCUCGGUCCUCGGUGCAGGCAUGAUCGGCCAGAAGACCCUCUACUCUUUCUUCUCCCCGACCCCCACCGGGAAGCGGAGCACGCGCAGCCCGGAGCCGGCCCCAGGGGGCGGCGUGGCGGCCGAGGACAGCGGCGAUACGGCCAGCCCCGCCAAGAAGGCCCGGGUCGGGCAGGACGAGCAGGCCACGCCGCCCUCCUCGCCGCUCAGCGCCGAGCAGCUCGUCCGCAUCCAGAGGAACAAGGCCGCGGCCCUGCUCAGGCUCGCCGCCCGCAACGUGCCCACCGGCUUCGGCGAGAGCUGGAAGCAGCAACUGUGCGGAGAGUUCGGGAAGCCGUACUUCAUUAAGCUCAUGGGAUUUGUUGCUGAAGAAAGAAAACAUCACAAGGUCUAUCCACCCCCGGAGCAGGUGUUCACGUGGACCCAGAUGUGUGACAUCCGAGAUGUGAAAGUUGUCAUUCUGGGACAGGAUCCCUAUCACGGACCUAAUCAGGCUCACGGGCUCUGCUUCAGUGUCCAAAGACCAGUUCCACCUCCGCCCAGUUUGGAAAACAUUUUUAAGGAGCUGUCCACAGACAUCGAUGGUUUUGUUCAUCCUGGCCACGGGGAUUUAUCGGGGUGGGCCAGACAAGGUGUCCUGCUCCUCAAUGCUGUCCUCACCGUCCGCGCCCACCAAGCCAAUUCCCAUAAGGAGCGGGGUUGGGAGCAGUUCACGGAUGCAGUUGUGUCGUGGCUAAAUCAGAACCUGACUGGCCUUGUCUUCCUGCUCUGGGGCUCUUACGCCCAGAAGAAGGGCAGUGCCAUUGAUAGGAAGCGUCACCACGUCCUGCAAACGGCCCAUCCCUCCCCAUUGUCGGUAUACAGGGGGUUCUUUGGAUGCAGACAUUUUUCUAAAGCCAAUGAACUGCUCCAGAAGUCAGGCAAGAGGCCCAUCAACUGGAAGGAGCUGUGAUCUUGCAGUGCAGGCCGCCUGUCUCCAGCAGACCUGCUGAGAGGCCGCUGAAGCAUUGGCCAUAGAAGUCACUGAAAAUGCCCUGUUCAUAAGUUCCCGUGUGAGUGAAGAAAAUGGAGAGAACAAGAUGUUAAGCGGUCAUGAGCCAGCUGGGCCGCAGACACCACAGCUUCGGCAGGCAGCCAAAGCUCUAUUGACUGGUGCUAGGCUUGAAGUCUCCGGGCCAGGCAAGGUGGCCUGGCCGAACACGCCCACUUCUCCCAGACCGGUGGUCACGUCCUUGUCCUCUGUGAGCUGUGUUGGGUUGGGGGAGAGAUGGUUUCGAUGAGCUAAGUUUGGUGUCUGCCGCUGUUUACUUUUGCCUUUAGACGUAGUGGUUACAAGGUGUCCAGGUGUGUUCUUCAAAGGGCCUCUGUCUCCAGGAGCCCUUGGGUGUUUUGCAGUCUUUGAGGAUCUGUUUCCUGUUACAAAGGGAGCGGGUGUGUUUUCCUGGCCCAGGAGGAGUGGCUGCCAUCCGUCCUGCUGCUUGUCCGGGCCUCUGCCUUAAGCAAGUGUAAAGUUGAGCAGAGCAGAGGGUAGGGUUUGUGUUUGUUUUAAAUGAGGGUGGGAGGUUUUCUUGUAGUGCCUGUGGAGUUGGGGUUCCCACAGCAGACUGCCAGGUGUUGGUUUGUGUGUGUGACACUGGGGACCAACUCCAGGGUGCUGCUUUUUUUUAUGGGCUGAAUUCACACAGAUUAUAUUUCUCUGCAACGCUGGAAAAUGUUGUGUCUUUUACAAGGUAGGCAGAUACAUUAUUUUUUCAGUCCUUCCUUUGAGAGAGAGACAAUCUACUGAGUUCACACCUCAACCUGGAUCCAGUGGAUCCCGCUGGUUAGAGAAGUGAUCCUGCCUGAGCAGGAUCAUAAAGAUCGUUGGAGUUUGUCUUUGUACCGACUGUUGUUCAGCAUUUAUUUGCAGGUGCUGGGGCUUCUCUUGUCACCGUGGCAACCACUGAUUGCAGGGAAGGCAGCCCUUUGUCCUUGUGCCCUGUUUGUAGUUCUCCAUGGGGUCACCCACUGCCAGCCUGGUCCACUGCUGCUAAGGGCAGGUUGGCCAAGGUAGGGGUCUGAUGGGACCUGGAAGACAGUUUCCUGGAGGGAAAGUCAAGCCUCUGGCGAUCUUGGCUUGCCCAUCCUGGCUGAAUUCCAUCCUAACUGACCCAAGCAGCUGUCUAGAUAAAAGUGUGAUUCACUGGUGUUUGAUGAGGAAGGAAGCCAAAUGCAUCAAGGGACAGGGAUUACUUGGUGCGGGUGGGUGCACACCGCAGUCCCCAAGGUGUAGAGUAGCUACACGCACAGUUGGGUGGAGGUGCUUCCUUCCUUGUCUAUAGAAGGUGGCUUUAAGAUUCCAUGUUUGGGGUCAUAAAUAAGCUCCUUGAGUGUUGGAGACCAGCUCUGACCUUUCAGAAGGUUCUUGGGGGAGGAGUGAGGAAUGAGGAAGUAUUAGAUAAAAAUAUAGACACAACAAAGACACAGGAUAGCUUCGGGAGGGCCCUGGGUCAAUACCCAGUCACCAGAGUUUAAUCACUGUGGGCUUUUUAUACAUCGACCUUUCAAGGUCGAUGUGUAAAGUACCGAGUGUAGACCCUUCCAAACACCUGGUAACUGUGCCCUUGGCCAAAUCAUCCCAUUAUGCAGCCCUGCCGGGUAAAGCAAGCUCAGACUUGCUGACCUUGAGUAAGGCCUUACCAGAGGACUUCAGGGGACUUCCUCCCAGAAGCUGCAGUGAGCUAGCUCCCUUGCUCAAAGGCAAAGUGAGAUGCUCCAUCUCUGCCUGCUAGGGUGACACCUCCCUGGGCAGGGCUGUAAGAGGAGAGCUAUCUUCAAAGAGGCAAGGAGCAGCCGUUGAUGAGUUUUAAUAAACUAAAGAGCUGGCCCAGCAGUGGUGGCACCACCUUGGGCUGGCAGAGGCAGGUGGGUCUGGGUCCCAGGGCAGCCAGGGCUGCAUAGAGAAACCCUUUCUUAACAGGGGCUGCAGAGAUGGCUCAGUGAUUGGAAGCAUUGGCUGCCCCUGCAGGAAGGAGGACCUGGGUCAUAAAACUCCAGUUCCAGGGCAUACAUGUGCAGAUAAAACACUCGUUUCUGUGCUGUGAUAAAGUACCAAAGGCAGUCUGGGGAAGAAAAGGUUUGUUUCAUCUCACACUGGGGAAUCAGAGAAGAGUGGACGCAGGAACUGGUGGAGAGGCCAUGAGGACAUGCUGCUUAAUCACUCGCUCAGCUGGCUUGAUAUAGCACCCAGGACUACCAGCCCAGGGCUGGCACCACAGUGGACUGAGCUGGGCCUCCCACAUUAGUCAUUAAGAAAGUGCACAAGUCAGACAGUGACUAGAGUCAGGCGGAUGGAUCUCUGACUUCAAGGCCAGCCUGGUCUACAAAGCAAGUUCCAGGACAGGCUCCAAAGCUUCCCAGAGCAACCCUGUCUCAAAAAAAAACCCACAAAGAAUAAUGUUAAAUAGGUGUGGAAACAGAACAACAUUCUGGAAGGUGAACUGGCUGAGAGUUUGCUCUCUACCCCACACUGGCCUUAGACUCAUGCCAAUCCUCCUGCCUCAGCUUCCCAAGCUCAGGAGUUACAGGUGUGGGCCACCAUGCCUGACUGAGCGUCUUAAAGGAUGUAUGGCCCUCCCCACUUCACCCCCUGAAAAGACGACAUAAGUUCAUCAUUUUUUAUGUAACAGCAAAAGCCUCAUUUUACGAGCAAUGUGGCAGUAGUAUUUGGGGGGAUUCUACAUUGCAGGUUUGUUCCUCGGUACUGUACGAAAAUGAACAGAAUGGGGUGGGCCAGGGAGAUUUCAGUGUUUCCAGUUUGCCGCCAUCCAGUCUGGGAACUGCUGGAGUCUUGAGAGAGCGUAAGGGAGCCGGUGAUGCUGCGUAGAUGCUAAUGUGUAUUUAACCUGAUUUCCAUGUGGCCCAGUAGCAUCCCCGACCCCGACAUGAUAAAUGUAGACACUGCCUGCCUGGGACAGCUUGAUGACCCCCGUGUGCUCUGCUGAUGGGGUGGGAAUGAAAUGCCUGGGGGAAGUGAUCCCCUAGUUCUGGUCAAGCUGGGGAUAGAAGGAAGGUUUCCUGGCGAGACAGGAGGAACAAUUUUACACAUGUACGUUGGUCGUGUACACAGCCAGGUAGCCGAGGCCCCUUCUGUGUGAAGAUCUGAAGGCUCUGUGUGGCAGUGUGGGAGGCCUGGGAAGACUGGCCUGGAAAAAGCAGUUCCUGUCACUUCCCCCUGGGGUGAGGAAGUCAGUUAUACAAAUGUCAUCCUGGGAACCCCAAGUUAUACACUAAUUGUGUGAAAGUCCCUGGUUCUGACCCGAGCCCAGCAGGGCAAAAUCGGAUGUGGGUUCUACUGGUGAGUUCUCCGUUCUCUGAAUCCCCUGCUGUCUCCACUCCUCUCCUGGGAUAAAGUCUCGGGUUCCAGUGGAGAAGCAGAACUUGGGGGUGGGGUAUGUGGUACCAGUGACUUUUCAGCCUUGCCAAAACUUCUUGAUGGACGGGCAGCGGAGAGACAAGAGUUGGCCCAAGUCAACUUGAGAACCUCCCAGCUCAAACUGAGCAGAGAUGGGAAGCUUCACUGAAGAUAUCUCUGUAGAGUCUUGCCUUUCAAUUGGGGUCUCAGAACUUAAGGUAUCUAGUUCCCUGUGCCACCUAGCCUUCACGACCGUUUGGAACGCGUGUGUCUGAAUCUAAGAGACUUUCGAGGAGACGAACACACUCUAUUAACAUUCUUGUUUUCCAUCAGUAGAAUUAGCUAUCCCAUUUGUAUUCCAGAAAAUACGUCUUUUGAGACAUGAGCAUAUCAGUUGUACAAAUAAUGGAUUUCAUUGUGACAUUUUCAGUGUGUAUAGUGUGUGUGUGGCGGGGGGUGGCUGAGGUGGUUGUUGGAUGUGUCUAGUGCUUUUUGCUGGGUAUGUGGUGUAUAUGCAUGCGUGUUUACAUGUGUGGAGGUUUAAGGUUGGCAUCAGGAGCCCUCCUGCAUAGCACUCCACCAUAUUCGCUAUGGCAAGGUGUCAGCUGCCAUAUCCAGAGCUCACUGGUAGCCCAGCCCGCUCUACCACUAGCUGCCACUGCUGUCUGAGCUGCAGGAUUAUAGGAAGGCCACUAGAGCUGCCACCCAGUUUAAAUCAGAACUUUUGUCUUCAUGCUCGCAUGUUUUAUCCGCUGGGCUAUCUCUAUCUUAUUUUAUUGAGUUGGGGUCUGCUGUUGAACCUAAAACUCAUUGAUUGGCUACAUUGGCCAGCCAUUGCGCUCUGAAAAUCCACUGUGUCCACACAGUCCGCUCCCUCUGAAAAUCCACUGUGUCCACGCAGUCCGCUCCCUCCGGGUUUCCCCACCGGACCCGCCUUCCCUAGCCAUGCCCAGCACAGGGUUUUUUUGUUUUUGUUUUUGAGACAGGGUUUCUCUGUGUAGCCCUGGCUGUCCUGGAUUUCACUCUGUAGACCAGGCUGGCCUCGAACUCACAGAGAUCCACCUACCUCUCUGCCCCCCGAGUGCUGGGAUUAAAGGUGUGCGCCACCACU